UAAAUUAUAUUAUCCAUCACAAACAUGGCGGCUGAUUGAGUGAUUAGUCACGAUACUUUAUUUCCCUCUUGAUCAAGCAUUCAUAAGAGAAUUUUUCGUCUAUGCAAGUCUGGAUGUGAAUGCUCAUUACACCAUGGCAUCUGAAGAAACUGGCCUUACGGGGUCGGCUCAAAGCAGCAUAGCUCAACCGUCAUGCCCAGCUUUUCUUUCGAAGUUAUGGCUGUUGGUGGAUGACGAAGUCACUGAUGAACUUAUCCAUUGGAGCGAUGAAGGGAACAGUUUCAUUGUCCAAGAUCAGGUCAUCUUUGCUCAGCUUCUUCUCCCCCAAUACUUCAAGCACAAUAACAUGGCUAGUUUCAUUCGUCAGCUCAACAUGUACGGCUUCAGGAAGAAGGCACACUUGGAUGAUGGCGCGCUAAAAACGGAACGAACCGACAUUGAAUUCCAACAUCCUCAUUUCUUGAAAGGAGAAAUCAAGCAACUGGAAUUAAUCAAGAGAAAGGUGUCCGGUAAAGAUGAGUCUAAACUUAAACCCAAUGAUGUCGGCAAGAUUCUCUCCAAUGUUAGAGAAAUGAAGGGGAAGCAGGAUGACAUUACAUCCAAACUAGAAUCAAUGAAAGUUGAAAACGCUGCACUGUGGCGUGAGGUCGUUGGACUACGUCAAAAGCAUGACAAACAGCAGAAGAUAGUCAACAGACUCAUCCAUUUUCUCAUCACCCUGGUCCAGCCAAAACCAAAAGUUGGAAGCACAAGGAAGAGACCAAUGAAUCAGUUGAUGAUUGAAGGAUUACCUGAUACGUCUCCUCCAAGUAAAGCUAAGUUUACUCGUACGCAUCCUGCAAGCUCUGCUCUGGAAGGAUUACAAAUCAGAAAUCUCAAGCAGGACGGCAAUCUAGAUUUCUUGAGUCGAUCAGAUGGACCUCCACUCAAAGACUUGAUAGGAAAUGCCCCGUCUGAGUCAAAGGUCACUGAAUUGUUUGAUGAAGGGCUAGAUGAGGAUGAUUUGAUUCCAUCCAACAUCCCGUCAGGUACUGUGAUAAACCCUAUCUUACAAGGUGAAGCUGUCCAAGGUUCCCAGGACAAUAAGACCACAGAACUCUUGAGUCAAAGUAACCAGGGCACCAUGGCCAUCCAGGCUGCCUCUGCAUCGUUGGCAAGCCCUGACAGUGUGGCAGGAAAUGUUCAGCCAGAAAGCGUUGGAUCACAUGCUUCUAACAUCCCCGUGCUGACCGCAUUAAGUCCUGAUGUGACAUACCCUCUGACUCCUGGUAAUGAUGAUAUGGGAUGGCUAGACAUGGCUGACAAUGCCCCUGCUGAAGUCGUUGGUCUGGAGGAUGCAGGAGCGACAGGACUUGAUAACCCAUUAACAGAUGAAGUCUCAACAUCGGCUCUUGUUCAGGACGGAACAUUUGGUCUCGGAGAAGGGCAGCUCGUCCUUACAAGACCUUCACCCCAGAAUGAGAAGAAGCAGAAUGAGAAGAAAGUGUUGGUACAGCGUAUGUUGUCAAACGAAGAGCAGAAGUCUAGGCAAGACCUGGGAGACCAACUCAGCACGGUGCAGUCCAAUCUGAAUGAUUUCAAGCAAAUGAUUCAAAGUAAUCCAUCUCUCAACCUUGAACUUGGCGAUCUUCUGAGUGAUUUCCAAUUAUUUUAUGAGCCAGACUCCCUGACGCUUCCUCUUACCAAUUUUGAGAGUCUUCAAAAUGAAGAUAAUGGUGAAAAUGAUGUGAUGUCUACAGGGAACGAGUUGGUGACCUACAAACCUUCCACAUCCAGUGCAUCUUUAGGAUCCUUCAUGGCUGAUGACGAGGAUUCUUUACUCCGAUCUCUGGACGACGACUCUCUUGCUCUCAGAGGGCAGAAUGAGAAUGAUGGAGUAAGCUUUCUUCUUUGAGCCUGGUCUAACAAUGAAGGGUCCAGUGACGUCUCUUCAUUACAACACUGAAGAUGUCAAGCUACAUCUGGGACCUACCUGAGAUAGAGUUGCAUUAUAUUCAAACUCGAGCUGCAGUUGAUUCGAAUUUGUAUAGUUGAGAGAUGGGAAUUUUAAAAUCGAUUGCAAUCUGAGUUUGAUUUGAAUCUAUUACAACCCAUUGUAAGACAGGGGCCCUCAAGACCUAUGAACUCUCAAUCCGUUGGUAUGAUUAUGCAAAGGAGUGGAGGAGAAUUUCCUUCUUCAGUCCCAUCCUAUUAUUUUUUUUAUGUUUGUAAAACUUGAAAUUUCUGUCAGCUUGAAUAUGAUGCCUUGAUAAACAAUCUGCAUGAUAAAAUAAUGUUCUGUGCCGAGGAAGUAGUGUAUAAAUUGCAAGUCUAUUAUUCAAAACUGGGCUUGAUGACAUGGAGACCUGGUCUGUAAAUUGCCAUUGAAGAAAGAAAUGUGAAACUUUAUCCUGCCUAGUAGUAUGUCGCAUCACAGAGCCCUUUAAGAUGUCUUGAUCAAGAUGACCAUUGUGAAAGUUGGUCUAUUGAAGUAGUGUUCCGAGCAGUCGAGUGUAAAGAUAGUAGACACUUCAUCAGACUAUGAUGUAAUCUGAAUGUUGUAAGAAGUGUUAAAAGAAAUCUCUAGAUGGAUAUUCAAAUAGCUUUUUCUAGCAUUAGGAUUAAAAAACAGCCACACAAGAAAAACUUGAUCAUCUUAAAGAGAUGCCAAUUGAAAUAACAAUUGAUGUGUUAUACUCGACAGGUAAGAAAAUAUGAACUUUUGUUGAAAAAAAAAAUUAGCUAGUAGACUGAGGAUUUAGUAUCAUCUUGGGAAUUUGGUCAUGUGCAUCAAUCCCUUGCCAGAAGAAACUCAUGCAUAAAGCAUAAUUUAUAAAGUAUAAAAUCGACUACACGUGACUUAAAUUUUCAGUGAUUCAAAGAAAAAAAGAUUACGUACUGCAUGUUUUCUCAUUAACUGAAUGCUCAUGUCGCCACACUUAUAAUGAUAACUUAUUGCUGCACUAUUUUUUCCUUUAUGUUUUCCUAUCUUUAUCUGUUUUGGUUUACCUUUCUUUUGUUUUUCUUUCAUUUUUGGUUGUUGGUUUAUUCAGUCCCAUAGCGAUGUGGUAUCGAUGGUAUGAUGCUUGUAAAUAUCAUAAACCCAGUAAUAACCAAGAUUCAAGUUUAUUCAUAGUGGUCCACGCUUGCAAGCAUGGCAUAGGAUGUGUGCUUCGUUCGGGAAUUAAU